GUUUGUCUCCAAGUUCUUUGAACAUCACCCCAUGCCGCAGGAGGAGGCCUCCUUAGGAGAGACCACCCCAGCAUCUGGAUCGUACCCCUCAGUGCCCCCCUCAGAUUCUGUUGGACCAUCAGUUCUCCCUAGUCCUUCUCCUUCAAAAUCCAUUCCAAUCCCACAGCCCCUCCGACCAGCAGAUGAAGACCAUCGGAAUCAAUUUGGGCAACGUGACCGAUCCUCUUCAGCUCCCAAUGUUCACAUCAAUACAAUCGAGCCAGUCAAUAUUGAUGACUUGAUUAGAGACCAGGGUUUAAGAGGAGAGGGAGCCCCUUUGAACCAGCUGAUGCGCUGUCUUCGGAAAUACCAAUCCCGGACUCCCAGUCCCCUCCUUCAUUCUGUCCCCAGUGAAAUAGUGUUUGAUUUUGAGCCUGGCCCAGUGUUCAGAGGUUCAACUGCAGGUUUGUCUGCAACACCUCCCGCCUCUUUGCCUGGGUCACUCACCAAUGUGAAAGCAUUACAGAAAUCACCAGGACCCCAGCGGGAAAGGAAAUCAUCCUCAUCCUCAGAAGACAGAAAUAGAAUGAAAACCCUUGGUCGACGGGAUUCAAGUGAUGAUUGGGAGAUACCAGAUGGACAGAUCACAGUUGGACAAAGGAUAGGAUCUGGAUCAUUUGGAACAGUCUAUAAAGGGAAGUGGCAUGGUGAUGUGGCAGUGAAAAUGUUGAAUGUUACGGCACCCACACCUCAACAGUUACAGGCUUUCAAAAAUGAAGUAGGAGUGCUCAGGAAAACACGACAUGUGAAUAUCCUGCUUUUCAUGGGUUAUUCAACAAAACCCCAGUUGGCUAUUGUUACACAAUGGUGUGAGGGGUCCAGCUUAUAUCACCAUCUACACAUCAUUGAGACCAAAUUUGAAAUGAUCAAACUAAUUGAUAUUGCACGACAGACUGCACAAGGCAUGGAUUACUUGCAUGCCAAGUCAAUCAUCCACAGAGACCUCAAGAGUAAUAAUAUUUUUCUUCAUGAAGACCUCACAGUAAAAAUAGGUGAUUUUGGUCUAGCGACAGUGAAAUCACGAUGGAGCGGAUCCCAUCAGCUUGAACAGUUGUCUGGAUCUAUUCUAUGGAUGGCACCAGAAGUAAUUAGGAUGCAAGAUAAAAACCCAUAUAGCUUUCAGUCGGAUGUGUAUGCGUUUGGGAUUGUUCUUUAUGAAUUGAUGACUGGACAGUUACCAUACUCAAAGAUCAACAACAGGGACCAGAUAAUUUUUAUGGUGGGACGAGGAUACCUAUCUCCAGACCUCAGCAAAGUACGGAGCAACUGUCCAAAAGCUAUGAAGAGACUAAUGGCAGAAUGCUUAAAAAAGAAAAGAGAUGAGAGACCCCUUUUUCCACAGAUUCUUGCCUCCAUUGAGCUUCUGGCCCGGUCAUUGCCAAAAAUUCACCGCAGUGCAUCUGAGCCCUCAUUAAACCGGGCUGGCUUCCAGACAGAGGAUUUUAGUCUAUAUGCUUGUGCUUCUCCAAAAACACCCAUCCAAGCAGGGGGAUACGGAGAAUUUGCAGCGUUCAAGUAGCCACAGCACCAUGGCAGCACCCACUCUGUUAUUUAAGUCUUGUGUUCCAACACUUUCUUAACAUCAAAACUCUAUUCUGCUCCGCAAAACCUAAAGUAAUUUAGAAAAGAUAUCCAUAAGCUUAAAAGUGGAGCAGAAUGGAACUGCCAGUCCAACACAAUGGGAAAAAGUACCUUUUUGGGAACCAGAAUCCUCUGCUGCCAGUGUUUCUCCUUCAACACAAACCACCACGUGCAUUCGGAGACCCGCGGUGGCUGCCUGUGCCGUUGGCAUCAUUCCCAGGAGAGAGGAGAGGGCGCUCGUGGUUUGACUGUGGUGCUCGGGCAUGAGGGGAUGGAACUGCUGCUGCAACUUAGGAGACUUGCUUUGGAUGGUCUGCCGGUCGGCUUUCUCCCUCUAACAACGUACCAUCAGAGGCUGAAAAUCUGAUGAGUGCUAAUUUAAAAGAAUCAUCCUCUGUUCUGAUCUUUUUUUGCCUGGUGUACUCACUACUCACUGAUUUAUGGACAAUGCAGUAUCCCCUUUUCACUGUAUUACAAUGUCAGACACCUAAAUCUGUCUAUAGUAUUGGGGUUUCUUCCAGUAAAAUUAAAAGUGUGGGGUGAUGGGAGCUGGAGAAGAUGUUACUCUAAAGCCGAAGAGGUUAAUCUGAAGGAAAAGGGGAUGCUGCUGCACCUUUUUUCAGAUUUACUUUAUCACUUCUUCAAAAAACAA